UCUCUUUCACAUCAAACAGUGACCAGAAACACUCGAACUUAUUCCCAAGAGAAUAAAAGUAAUCUCAGUAAAGAAGACUCGAGAAUUAAAUAUAACCAAUUAAUACUAUAAAAAAAAAACGCCGAGCAUGUCAGCCUGUCGUGACGAGCACGACCACGGGCACGGUGGACACGACCAUCAUGACCACGAUCACGAUCACGACCACUCGGACGACAUAACGCCCGCGCUGCAGCACAGCUUGUACCAGCACAUCGUGUUCGACCAGAUCACGACGCUGAACGAGGCGGAGUCCGGCUCGGGCCGGGAAAUCGUCAAGAAGACGUGGGCGGAGAGCGGGGAGGUGGUCCCGGAGCUCAGGAGCGACGCCGACGAGCAGGUCAUUAUAAAUGUGCCCUUCACGGGCCAAGUCAAACUACACUCGAUCCUGCUGCGCGCGCCCCCAGACUCCAGCGCCCCGCGCACGCUGAAGCUCUUCGCGAACCGGGCGGACGUGGACUUCGACGCCGCGGCGGACCUGGCGCCGACGCAGACGCUCGAGCUGGCGCAGGCCCGCGGCGUGCAGGAGCUGCCCGUGCGCCGGGCCCUGUUCGGCAACGUCCGGCGGCUGGCGUUGUUUUUCGAGGAUAACUUUAGCAGCAGAGUUGGCGGUGAUGAUGACUCGGAAGAGGAGGAGGAGGAGGAAGAGAGGGAAGGGGAGAGUACCAGGAUCACGUAUUUGGGCUUCAAAGGCGAUUGGAUGCCCGUCGGCAGAGCGCCUGCGAAUAUCCUCUACGAGGCGGCGCCGAAUCCGAGCGAUCACCCGCUCAGGGGGACGGCGGCGCAGAGGCAGCAGCAGUUUGGGGGCGGGUUUGGGAGGGGCCAGUGAAAGGGAUGAAUGGGGUUUUGGGAAGGGAGAAGGGAGGAGGGAGAAAUGUGGAAAUGGAAAAACGGUACGGGAAUCAUGGUCUAUGAACUUUCCUAUUUUAUCAGGAGAAAAGGGGGUAUAAGCACUUCUAUUUCUUUAUGGGCAAAGGCUAGGUUAGGUUAGGUGGUUAAGAAAAGGAAAGGGGGCCGAUCAGUCGGUAGGCAAGGCAAGGCAAGGCAAGGAAAGGAAAGGCAGGGCACUCAGUGCUGAAGGAGCAUUAUAUCCCCGCGAUAUCUACGU